AUGCCGAUCGCAUCGGAAGUGAACCUGGCGGAAGUAUUCUUCAACGAAGAAGACCUGCCGUAUGAAGAGGAAAUUCUUCGUAAUGCCUACUCCGUGAAGCACUGGAUGCGCUACGUGGAGCACAAACGGAACGCACCACGAUUCGUUAUCAACACCGUGUUUGAGCGAGCGCUAAAGGAACUUCCCGGUUCGUACAAACUCUGGUACAACUAUCUCAAAACACUGCGGAAGCAGGUGAAGGGCAAAUGCAUUACGGACAGCGAGUACGAGGAGGUGAACAAUGCGUUUGAGCGCGCGCUCGUGUUCAUGCACAAGAUGCCCCGCAUCUGGAUGGAUUACUGUGCGUUCAUGACGUUCCAGUGCAAGAUAACGCGUACGCGGCAAGUGUUCGACCGUGCGCUCCGAGCCCUUCCCAUCACCCAGCACCAUCGCAUUUGGCCACUGUACUUGGAGUUUUUGAAAUGCUUCGACAUACCCGAAACGGCGGUCCGGGUAUGGCGCCGCUACCUAAAGCUAUGUCCCGAGGAUGCCGAAGAGUAUGUCGAGUUCUUGCAAUCGAUUGGUCACCUGGACGAAGCGGCCCAACAGCUGGCCAGCAUAGUCGAUAACGAAAACUUUGUGUCCAAGCACGGCAAAUCGAACCAUCAGUUGUGGAACGAGCUUUGUGAGCUGAUUUCCAAAAAUCCAAACAAAGUGCACUCGCUGAACGUGGACGGGAUUAUCCGGGGUGGACUGCGGCGCUACACCGAUCAGUUGGGCCAUUUAUGGAACUCGCUCGCGGGGUACUACGUGCGCAGUGGACUGUUUGAUCGGGCACGAGACAUCUACGAGGAAGCCAUCCAAACGGUAACGACUGUGCGCGACUUCAGUCAGGUGUUCGAUGCGUACGCACAAUUUGAAGAGCUAAGUCUUAGCAAGGUGAUGGAGAUGUUGGGGAGCAACCCGAAUCCCACCGAAGACAAUGAGAUAGAUGUGGAGCUACGGAUGGCACGGUUCGAGUAUCUCAUGGAACGUCGAUUGUUGCUGCUGAACAGUGUGCUUCUGCGCCAGAACCCGCAUAACGUUGCCGAGUGGCACAAGCGGGUAGAGCUGUACGAAGGCAAACCUCACGAAAUCAUCAACACCUACACGGAAGCGGUGCAUACGGUACAGCCCAAGCUGGCGGUCGGAAAACUCUACACACUGUGGGUGGCUUUCGCAAAGUUUUACGAGACCAACAAACAGCUGGCGGAUGCUCGUAUCGUGUUCGAAAAGGCGGUUCAAGUCGACUAUCUGAAGGUGGAUGAACUGGCCAGUGUUUGGUGCGAGUGGGCAGAGAUGGAGAUUCGCCAGGAACAGUAUGAUGAAGCGCUACGCAUCAUGCAACGGGCAACGGCAAUGCCGAAAAGAAAAGUGGCCUACCACGAUGACACGGAGACGGUGCAGAUGCGGGUGUACAAGUCGCUCAAACUGUGGUCUAUGUAUGCGGACCUGGAGGAAAGCUUCGGUACGUUCAAGACGUGCAAGCAGGUGUACGAUCGUAUCAUUGAUUUGAAAAUCUGCACACCGCAAAUCAUCAUCAAUUACGGCAUGUUUCUGGAGGAACACAACUACUUCGAGGAAGCGUUCAAGGCGUACGAGAAGGGUAUUGCUUUGUUCAAAUGGCCCAAUGUGUACGACAUCUGGAACACGUACCUGACCAAGUUCCUGAACCGCUACGGAGGUCAGAAGCUGGAACGAGCUCGCGAUCUGUUCGAGCAGUGUUUGGACGGUUGUCCAUCGGAGCUGGCCAAAAACCUGUACCUGUUGUACGCGAAGUUGGAGGAACAGCACGGUCUGGCACGACAUGCAAUGGCGGUAUACGAGCGGGCCACCACCGCCGUCAAAGAAGAGGAAAUGUACGCAAUGUUCAAUCUCUACAUCAAGAAGGCGGCCGAAAUCUAUGGCAUUCCGCGUACGCGCCAGAUCUACGAGAAAGCGAUCGAAGUACUGCCGGAGGCGGACUCGCGGAAGAUGUGCGUCCUGUUUGCCGAGAUGGAAACGAAGCUGGGUGAAAUCGAUCGCGCUCGGGCAAUCUACGCCCACUGCAGCCAAAUGUGCGAUCCGCGCAUAACAGCCGACUUCUGGCAGACGUGGAAAGAGUUCGAAAUUCGGCACGGCAACGAGGACACGAUGAGGGAAAUGUUGCGCAUUAAGCGGUCGAUUCAAGCGACGUACAACACCCAAAUCAGCAUGAUGUCAGCAGCACUGAUCAACGCAGCGGUUACGACCGGCGAACCACCGAAGGAUGCGAUGCGCGCACUGGAGGUAAAGGCGGCCGAAACGACGGCUCGGGCGAUAGCAGCAGUUGGUGCGUCUGGCGGCAACAUUAUGUUCGUGCGCGGUGAAACACAAGGAGGAACCGCAAAGGACGAUCGUGUGGUUAAUCCCGACGAAAUCGACAUUGACGACGAUGAGGAGGAUGAUGAGGAAGAUGAGGAAGAAAAUGCCGCAGAAGGUGAUGGUGUUGGUGGUGCGGAUGUCAGCAAAAAGAUACCCAUCGAGCGCCAGAGCAUUCCUGCGAAAGUAUUCGGCAGUCUUCGUCGGGAAGUGGAAGAUAAGGAAGAUAACGAAAUGGAUGAAUAA